AUGGGAGAUAAUUUCCUUAGAGGCUCUACACCAAUAAGUAUCUUUAACAUUUCAUCGUUGCAAUAUAUUAACAUUGCUCAGGGCAACCUAUCUGGUACACUCCCAGCAAAUAUUUGCUCUCCUCAUAACCAACUUGAAGAGUGGAUUGAUCCACUAGGGCUUGGGAAUUUAACCAUGCUUCGGAAGCUAUAUGUUGGAUAUAAUGAGUUGACCGGUGUAAUUCCACAAGAGAUCGAAAAUCUUUACAACUUGGAGUAUCUUUAUUUUGGUGUCAAUAGCUUAAGCGGUUCCAUUCAACCAAGAAUUUUCAAUAUCUCAACAUUACUAAUGAUUUCAGUUUCAGAAAAUCAGCUUUCGGGCAAUCUGGAUAGGAAGCGUGGUGGAUUUGCAGAAGCUUCAAGGAUUGACUCAUUUCCGCAACAAAAUAUGAUCCUGGAUACUCUUUGUGAACUUCACAAUUUAAAGGGGUUGUUGUUGUCUCAUAAUCUAAUGAUAGGUGCCAUUCCAGAUUGCAAGGAUCUUCUGGAGUUGAAUCUAUCUUCAAAUUUUUUGAGUGGUCAUCUCCCUCGAGAAAUAGGGAAUCUGAAGGUUGCUCUUCUUAUUGAUCUAUCGGCGAAAAAGUUCUCAGGUAGCAUUCCAACCACAAUUGGAGAUUUACAAGGCUUGAUCAAUCUUUCCUUAGCACACAACACACAGCAAGGGUUUAUUCCUGAGUCAAUAGAUAAGCUGCUGAACUUGGAACGACUUGUUCUAAAUCACAACAAUCUUUCUAGUAAAAUUCCCAAUUCCUUGGAGACACUAAAUUAUCUCCCAUACUUUGAUGUUUCAUUCAAUGAUUUAAGUGGUGAAGUUCCCUCUAGUGGUCCUUUCAAAAACUUUCCAAGUUGA